AUGUCUUUCCGACCACGGCGCUCAGCCGCCCAGAAGGCCACGGCAGCAAUCACUAACAUUGCCGACAGAGACGCCUCGACAUCCUCGCGGUCGCGGGGACGUAACAGGGACCAGUCCAUGGACCGACCCUCAUCCUCCGCUUCGGCGGACUCUCACCACGCGCCGGUCACCGUCAAGGUGCCCGGCUCCAAGCUGCGGCAGGCCACCAACGAGACCGUCCCUUCUCGGUCCCAGGCGGCCAGGACCAGCGGCCGGGAUUCAAAUGACCGUGGCAAGCGGGCUUCCAGAGGGGGCAAGAAGCGGUAUGUCGAGUCAGAGGAGAGUGAGGAGGAAGAGGAAGACGUGAUCCGGGUUGGAGAUCAGGAUGCCGAUGGCGAGGACGACGACAUGGAUGUUGACGCUGAGGGAGAAGAGGAUGAUGAUAUGGAUGUCGAUGCAGAGGGAGAGGAGGAUGAGGAUGCCGAUGGAGAUAUUGAUAUGGACGCACCAGCACCUGCAAUCAAAGUUCGAAAGGCACCGCAAUCGAAACCGGCGCCAAAACAGGCAAGGAAACCGCCAGCUCCUAAGAGGUCCGCCGCAGCCGAAGAAGAUGACGAUGAAGAUGACGACGAGCUCAGUGAACUGGACAGCGACGCCGGAGAUAUGGACCAGACAGUAAUGACCACGGGCGGGGAUGACCUUGGCGAUGAGGACGCUGAGGGUGAAGAGGAUAUUGAUGCCGAGGGUGAGGAGAUUGAGGUCGCUGGUGAGGAAGAGGAAGAAGACGACGACGAUGACGAAGACGACGAGACUGGAAGCAGAGAGGAGACGCCUGAUUUGACAAAGAUGACCAAGCGCCAACAAGCGAGAUUCAAGGAUGAGGCGGCAGAGUACAUGGAGCUCUCGAACGAGGUGCAAGCCAAGAGGACAUUUACGGCGGAGGAAUUGAGCAUGAGGCGUGCGGAGAUGGCACGCCGACGACGCAAUCUUAGUGAGAAGCGUAACGAGGAGGUCAAGAUGGAGACCAUCAACAAGCUGCUCAAGAAGCAGGUGCGGAAGGAGAACAAAAAGGCGGCGGCAGGGGCUAACGAUGACGACGCGCCUGCAAACGAAGGCGGCGGUUCUGCAGCCCCGGCCAACCCCAUGUUUGUGCGCUGGGUCAGCAACAAGAAUGGCAGCCGGGUCUCUGUGCCGCUAGAGAUCCUCGAGGGGCCGCUUGGUAGGACAUUUGGCGGUGGCGAGUCAGCAAGUGGGAAGUCUGGGCCACCACGUAUGAUGGUCGAGGAAGUUUCAUGA